AUGCAGAAUUCAGUGAGUGAAGGUGCCCCUUAUGAGCCACCCAGCCCUAUUGUUGCGUCUGCCCCAUACAACAAUGAGGCUGCGUCGACUUCGUUUGACAGCAACGGUUCCCCAUCAUCUAGUGCCGAAACAAAUGCUUACAGUUAUGAUGAGGUAUUUCCAGCUCUACCUCAAAAUCCUGUUUCUAUUUCUACAUCAGUUAAUCAUCAUGGUCAACGCAACAAUAAAAUGAGAAUAGGAUCAUCAAUAGUUACUCAGGUUUUUGUGAUUCCUCACGAAGAAAGUAAAUUCGAUCUUAGUGAAAAAUUUGGUGAAAGCGAAUCAAUGAGGACGUGUCAUCAUAUAAUGCAAGCAACAGGAGCUACUAUUGAAAUAUCAUCCAAUAAAGAUCAGUCCUUGACCUUUUUAGUUACAGGAAAACUAAAUUCUGUGGCUGAAGCAAAAAGAAGAAUAUUAACUUGUUUUCAAACCCAGGGGGAUAUUAUGUUAAAUAUACCAAAAGAACAUCAUCGUUAUUUACUGGGUAAAGGAGGACAAAAGCUCAAAGAACUUGAAAAAGUUACUGGUUGUAAAAUUUCUGUGCCUAAUGCUUCGGAUCCCUCGGAUGCCAUUAAAAUUAUUGGAUCUAAAGAAGGGAUCGAAAAAGCUGUUCAUGAAAUUAAAGUCACAUCCGAUGAACAGUCUAAGCAAGCUUAUGAAAGAAUUUCGGUGCCAAAAAUGUAUCAUCCUUUUAUUUGUGGAGGACAUAAUGAAAAAAUAAAUCAACUAAUGCAAGAAACAAAUGUUAGAAUAAACGUCCCGCCCACGAGUGUUCAGAACAAUGAAAUUACAAUUGCUGGAGAAAAAGAAGGAGUUCAAGUGGCCAAAGAUAAAAUAUUAGCCAUUUAUAAAGAAAUGGAAAAAAAAUGUAGUCAAGUAUGUGUAGAAGUUCCCAAAUCUCAGCAUCGACACGUGAUCGGAUUUAAAGGAAAUACAAUUGCUGAAAUUUUACAGAAAACUGGAGUUUCUGUUGAAAUGCCGCCCUCUGAUUCUACAACCGACACCAUUACCCUCCGAGGACCUCAGGACAAACUUGGCUUAGCUCUAGAUAUGGUUUAUAGUAAAGCUAAUAGUGUUUUAUCUACGACCGUUAAUGCUCCAGCAUGGCUUCAUAAAUAUGUAAUAGGGAGAAAGGGAGCCAACAUCAAAAAAAUUACACAGGAUCUUAGUAAAGGAGUACACGUGGAGUUUACGGACAACAAAAUUAAAAUCGAAGGUCCUCGCGAAGAAGUUGAAAAAGCUCAAGCGGAAUUGGAUAAAGUUGUUCAGGAGCUUCAAAGCACUCACACAUUUGAAGAAUUAAACGUAGAUCCCAAGUAUUAUAAACACAUUAUUGGGAAAGGAGGAACCAACGUUAAUCGUUUAAAAGAAGAUACGGGAGUUUUAAUUAAUAUUGGAGAAGAAGAUGGAUCAUCGUCGAAUAUAAUUCGAAUCGAAGGAAACAAAGAUGGAGUACUGUUUGUGAAAAAAAAAUUACAAGCCAUGGUAACUAAGUUAGAAACUGAAACGGAAAAAAUAAUAAAUAUAGAUCACCGUUUUUUCCCGAGUAUCAUCGGUUCAAAGGGUGAAAACAUAAGAGAAAUUAAAGAAAAUUACAACCAAGUUCAAAUUAUAUUUCCUAGUUCAGGUAAAAUAAUUUUAAAGAAUUUUUUUUUUUUUUUUGACGAUGUCGAAAAAUGUUCGGCGCAUUUGAAUAAAAUAGUUAAAGAAUUAGCAGAAGAAAAUUUUAUGUUAGAAGUGCCCAUAUUUAAACAAUUUCACAAAUUUGUUAUUGGAAAAGGAGGUGCGAAUAUAAAAAAAAUAAGAGAUGAAACUCAAACGAAGAUAGAGUUACCUGGUGAAGAUGACAGGAGUGACGUUAUCCGUAUAAUAGGAAGAGAAGAAAAUGCAAAUUUAGCCAAGGAGAGAAUUCAAAAAAUUCAAGGUGAACUAGCCAACAUCGUCACCGAAGAAAUAACCAUACCUCCCAAGUUUUAUAAUUCCCUGAUCGGACCGGGUGGAAAAUUAGUUCAUUCAAUUAGUGAAGAAUGCGGAGGAGUUCAAAUAAAAUUUCCAACUUCCGAGAGUAGAAGCGAUAAGGUUUCUAUCAAAGGACCCAAAGAAGACGUUGAAAAAGCUAAGCAGCAACUAGAGGCUUUGAAAAAUGAAAGAGAAGCCGCUAGUUAUACGGUAGAAAUCAAAGCGAAACCGCAACAUCAUAAAUUUUUAAUAGGGAAAAAUGGUGCCAAAAUUAAAAAAAUUAGAGAUUCUACGGGAGCAAGAAUUGUUUUCCCCUCGGAAAAAGAUGAAGAUAAAGAAACGAUUAUCAUAAUCGGAAGAAAAGAACAAAUAGAAAAAGCUAAAUUAGAAUUGGAAAAAACAAUCAAAGAAAUAGAUAACUUAACGGAAGCGGAAAUGACAGUAAAUCCCGUUCAUCAUAAACAUUUCGUGUCACGCAGAGGGGAAGUUAUUCAACAAAUCACCAACGAAUGCGGUGGAACAGUAACGAUUUCUUUUCCACGUCCAAACUGCGAAUCUGAUAAAGUCACUUUGAAAGGUUUUAAGGAAAGCAUCGAAAUGGCAAAAGCAAAAAUUGAAAACAUUGUCAAAGAAUUAGAAUCAAUGGUUACUAUUGAAUGUGUCAUACCUCAAAAACACCAUCGGACGGUGAUGGGCUCGAAAGGGACAAAAGUGCAAAAUAUAACUUACGAUUAUAAAAAAAUUAAUCAAUCAUUUUGUUGUUUGUCACCAGCGGAAGAUUAUAAUAACAAAGAAGAAAACGGUGCAGUAAACGGAGAAGUUGUGAAACCUUGCGACAUAAUAAAAAUCACGGGUCAGCCGGAAAAUUGUCAAGCCGCGAAAGAAGCCCUGGAAAAAUUGGUGCCCGUGACCGUCGAGGUGCCCGUGGCUUUUGAUCUUCACCGUUCGAUCAUAGGAAAAUCCGGGGGAAGCGUUCGUCAACUGAUGGAUGAUUUUGACGUUCAUAUUGUUCUGUCUCCAGCCGACCAAAAACUUGAUUGCAUUAAAAUAUCGGGAGCUCCAGCUAAUGUGGAAAAAGCCAAAGAGGCUUUAGAAGAACGCGUGAGGCAACUGGAAAAGGAUAAGCAAGAUCGACAAUUGAAAUCUUUUUCGCUGUCUGUAAACGUGGAUCCCGAAUUUCAUCCGAAAAUUAUUGGGAAAAAAGGAGCCGUUAUAUCGGAAAUUCGUAGUAAUUACGGAGUUCAAAUCACUCUUCCGAAAAGGGGAGAUCCCGAAGAGCAUAUUAUAACGAUUCAAGGUUACGAGGAAAAAGCGAUUGCUGCCCGGGAUCACAUUUUGAAAAUCGUUAAUGAAUUGAAAGAAAGAACUAAAGAAGAAAUAGAAGUCGAUAGUCGCGUUCAUUCUCGUCUCAUCGGACAAAAAGGAAGAUCUAUUCGUAAGCUCAUGGAUAAAUAUCAAGUCGAAAUUAAAUUUCCAAGACAGGGAGAUUCGAAUCCCAAUUUGGUUACUAUCAUCGGUUCCGAAGACAACGUUUGGGAUGCGAAGGAAGAAAUUCUCAAUUUAGCUGAUAAUUAUUUAAGCGAUUUGCCUCCAGCCGAAUAUUUGCAAAGACCGCAACAAUAUCAGCUUUCGUUGGGAGAAGAGCGAGGGCAAGGUGACGGGAGCGGUGAUGGUUUCGUAGUAAGAGGAGGACCUUGGGAACAACAACAACAACAACAACAACAGCAACAGCAGCAGCAACAGGCUCAAAGACGUCCGGAUACUGCUUCAAUUGAAGAUUUUCCAUCUUUUGGUACGGCUUAUUGCGGAGAAGGACACACAAUCACUUGGGGACCUCGUCCUCGUUAA